AUGGGCACGGGAAGCAAGCCCGCUAGCCCUAGCGGUAGUCCUCACGGGAGCCCGCGUCGUGGCCAGGCUGCAGAACCGGUAGUCUCGAGCUCCAACGUCGACCAGACAUCCGUAGCACCUCCCAGAGCCGAAGCCAUCCCGCCUGCGACAUCGACGUCGCCCGAGCCGGCGCCAGCUCCCGUCCCCGCCGAAAUCCCAGUCCAACCAGAGCCUUUGGAAGCUGGCGGCACAGACGAUGAGAACGAGUUUGAACCCAGCGUAUUCGACGAAGAGUCUGUAAGCGACCAGACCGAUUCGACGUCGCUCAAGUCGAGCGUCUACGAGCACAGCUUCAAGAACGGCCGGCGCUAUCACAAGUUUCGCCAUGGACGCUAUCCUAUUCCCAACGACGAGACAGAGCAGAACCGCGAGGAUAUGUUGCAUGCCAUGAUGUUGGAGGUUACGGACGGGAGGCUGUUCUUCGCGCCCAUCGUUGAUAACCCUGCAAAGAUCAUUGAUCUUGGUACCGGGACAGGUAUCUGGGCUAUCGAAAUGGGCGAUAUUUACCCCAGUGCCGAAGUCACUGGUCUCGACCUGAGCCCGAUCCAACCUGUCUGGGUGCCGCCGAACGUGAGAUUCUUAGUGGAUGAUGUUGAAGACAGUUGGUUGAAUGGGAGGGACUUUGACUUUGUUCACCUGCGCAACAUGGUUCCAGUCUUAAAGUCUCCGGUGGGCCUGUUGAAGAACGCUUAUGAACACAUGAAGCCAGGGGCUUGGGUGGAGCUUCAAGACGUCGACGGUCAAGUUCACUGCGAUGACGGCACGAUGCCAGCAGACUGGCCUCUCGUCCGCUUCACAAACCACCUGGUAGAAGCAUUUGCCAAGUUUGGGACCAACUCCCACGCCGCGGUGUUUGGAAGGCAAUAUCUCGAGGAGGCUGGUUUCGUCAACAUUCAGCACCAUACAGUGAAGUUGCCGUAUGGCACCUGGCCAAGAGAUAAGACGAUGCGCUUGGUUGGCAUGUACUACCGCACGGCCUGCGAAGAGUUCUUCCCAGUGGUUGGCGCGAUUCACUUCGAGCUGCUUGGAUGGAGCAAGGUGGAGAUGGAGGUUCUUUUUGCUGAGUGCCGCAAUGCUAUGAGAGAUCCCAACGUCCAUGCAUACGGCAAGAUGCAUUUUUGGAGCGGACAGAAGCCGUUCUGA